GUGAAGAACAUCUUCACCCUGAGCAACAGCAGUGGAGCUUCAGGAUGGAGCCACAGCCCUCCCACAUUAAGAAGGAAGAGGAAUACCCACUCAUCCCCCAUUUUAAAGAAGAAGAGGAGGACCCACUGACCCAUUACUUUAAAGAGGAAGCGGUGGACCCACUGAGCCCUCACAUUAAAGAGGAAGAGGAGGAACACAGCAUCAGUCAGGAAGGAGAUCAUAUUGAAGGACUGGUGGAGUUCCCAGUGACUGGUGUCCCUGUGAAGAGUGAAGAUGAUGAGGUCAAAGGUGAAAGUGAGGAGAAGAGAGAGGCGGAGCCUCCAAGCAGCAGCUCAACACAACACAUGACAACAGAAGCUGAUGGAGACCACUGUGGAGGAUCACAAGCAGACAAGAUCUUAGCUCCACUAUCAGAUAGUGAGGACACAACGUCACACUCUCCUGACACUGAUGAUGAAGACUCUAAAGAUGAUGCAACAUGUCACACUGACAACACUCACUUCACAUGUUCUCACUGUCACAAAACUUUUAAAUACCAUAGUUCGCUGAAAAGACACAUGAGAACACACACUGGAGAAAAACCUUUAAUCUGUUCAAUCUGUGGUAAAGGUUUUAUACAAUGGCAAUCUUUCAAAAAACACUUGAGAACACACACUGGUGAAAAACCCUUUUCCUGUUCAACCUGUGGUAAAGGUUUUACACAAAGUCAACAUUUGAAAGGACACAUGAGAACACACGCUGGUGAAAAACCCUUUUCCUGUUCAAACUGUGGUAAAGGUUUUACACAAAGUCAAUAUUUGAAAGUACACAUGAGAACACACACUGGUGAAAAACCUUUUUCCUGUUCAACUUGUGGUAAAGAGUUUACACAAAGUCAGAGUGUGAAAAUGCACAUGAGAAAACACACUGGUGAAAAACCUUUUUCUUGUUCAAUCUGUGGUAAAGGUUUUACUAAAAGGCAAUCUUUGAAAAGACACAUGAGAAGACACCCAGGAGAGGAAGUGUUGAGUUGCAGUGUGUGUGGUGAAAGAUUGUCUUCUAAGUACCAGUGUAAGAAACACAAGUGUGCUGGUGAGAAAAGCAGCAGCAAAUGAAGAUGCAGGAUUUGAAAUAAACUGUCAAGACUUUAAUGUUGACUUUCUAACAACAUCAGCACAUAUAACAUGUGUGACAUCAUUGUUGUUUGUGUAACUAUCUUUUUAAAAUGCUUCUACAUUUAUAGAUUAGAUAGUUUAAAAUAUGGAAGUAUUCCAUAUUUGUAUUUCUACUUGUUAAUAAUCCCAUAGAUUAGCCCCUCUUUAUAAUAUACAUAUUUACUAGGUUAGGGUUAGGGGCGAUUGCAUGGAGG